GUCAUCCGUCAUUUCGCGUUAACGUCAAAUCUAGUUAAAUCUUUGACCGUGCGAUAUAUAGGUUUACGUGUUUUUGCUCGUCGGCGAGAUAAACGGAAACCAUUGAGCAUGCCUCUGCAUCGGUACACGCACGCAAUCCUCUGUAGGAUUCCAUUAUCGCUACGUACACGGGGUGAGGUAACUUUGGACGAAGCUAGGACGCAGCACCUGGCCUUGGCGCAGCUUCUCCGCGAGCUCGACAUCGACGUCGUCGAGAUGCCACCCGACGAGAAUUCGCCGCUUUGCGUCUUCGUCGAAGACAUCGCCGUUGUUUGCAACGGUAUCGCCCUAAUCGCCCAUCCAAGCGAACCAUCUCGCCUCAAAGAGCUCGAUACCAUCAGAGCUGUGUUGAAAAAAGAGCUAGAGAUACCAUUGAUAGAAAUAAGCGACAAAAAUGCCCGCUUAGACGGCGGAGACGUGCUUUUUACUGGUAGAGAAUUCUUUGUUGGACUGUCUCAUUUUACAAAUGAAGCAGGAGCACGAGCAGUUGCUGCAGCAUUUCCAGAAUAUCCAUGUGUACCCAUCAAGGUGGCUGAAUCCAAACGUUUAAAAUCAUUGGUUACAAUGGCUGGACCAGAUGUUAUAUGUGUAGGGGCUGGAAAAGAAUCUCAAGAAGUUCUCAAGAGAAUCGAGCGAGAAGCAACAUACAGUUACCAAACAUUGACUGUGCCCGAGGAUGUAGCCGCCAAUGUGCUCUACGUGAAUGGCACUCUUAUUCAUCGGUCGGAAGACGAAAUUCCACAAUCAAGUAAGGUGUUUGCUGAGAAGGUGGAGUUCUCGACUAGAUCGUUGCGUUUGUCUGAAUUGGCGAAAGUUAGCUCAGGUUUGUCCUCCUGUUGCUUAUUGGUGCGCAGACCGCGACAUAUCCGUAGCAUUUAAAGAAAAAUAAGAUCUUGAAUAAGAUUGUGAAAGGAGAAUAAGAUCUAUCUUGCGAUGUAAUCGCAAUCUACGCCACCAGUGCUAUCCGCGAAACGUAAAAUCGAAUUUUCUUCUAUCAAAUCUGUGGAAAAAUACGAUACAAUUCAUGACAAUGAUAAUUUAUCAUCUCGAUAUUUUGAUAGUAUUUUUUUUAAAUUAAUUUUUAAAAUUUUAUUUUAUAUUUUGCAAGAGAAAGAUUCAGUAUUUGAAGAGAUUAAUAUAUAUAAA